UUCACAAUUCAAGGUAAAGCCACAUGCUCGCACAUGGCCAGCAUCUCUAUCUGCGGUCGGCAGAUAGAUACACGAGCAGCACGGUGCUUCAAUAUACUAGCAAACCCAAGCACUUCCAUCCAUACCACAGCUACCCAACGCAAACAUCUAGGGAGCUCGCCAUCAUGGAUGUGCUAGCGGGGGCGAUGGGCAACUUCGGCCCCAAGCUGCUCCAGCUGCUCCAAGAUGAGUACAAUCUGACGAAGGAGUUGAAGGAGCAAGUGAAGUCCGUCUCCAAGGAGAUGAAGUUCAUCAAGGCUGCCCUCGAGAAGUUGGGAGAGGGUCGACCAGACCAGCUGGAUCCACAGCUCCGGAUCUGGUCCGGUGAGGUCAGAGAGUCCUUGUAUGACAUGGAGGACGUCGUCGACGCCUUUCUGGUCCGCGUGGAGGGUGCCGGCUACACCCAAAGCAGGCUCAAACGCUCCACAGAAUGGAUGGGACAGCUGUUCAGUAAUGUCAAAGCUCGCCACAACAUCGCUAGCAUCAUCCAAGACAUCAAGAAGCAACUUGAGGAGGUGAAGGAUAUGCGUGACAAGUACGAGGUUGACGCAGUCAAGCCUGCUGCCGAAAGGAUUGAUCCUCGCCUUGGUGCCCUCUACCAAAAUGCUUCAAAGCUUGUUGGCAUCGAGGAGCCAAGGGAUAAGCUCGUUGAGAUGCUCCUGUCCAUCAGUACGGACGGCAUGUCCAGCAAGGAGCUGAAAAAAGUCUGGGUUGUCGGGUCUGGAGGACUGGGCAAGACCACUCUCGCCAAGGUUGCAUAUGACAAGGUUAAGCUGAAAUUCGAUUGCUGUGCUUCUGUUCAAGUGGGCCAGACACCUGUCGCAAAGAAAAUCCUGAAGGGCAUUCUCGUUGGUCUCAUCAACGACGAGAGAGGAAGAAACAACAUCGGUCAUCAUGACAACGAAAUGUACACCGGGGCUGAUCUGAUGGGAUUGCAGAGGACCUCAUAAGCCAGCUCCAUGAUUUCCUGCAGGGAAAAAGGUUCUUGUCGAGUACCUGCAGAUCUGGGACCGGUUGCAGCUCUUCCAGCUGCUCGAUACCCCCUAUAGGGUCUGUUGGAAGUGGACGGCUGACAAGUGCUUCUCCACGGCUUCAGCAUAUCAGUCCUUCUUCAGUGGCCAGCUCUCCAUCAAAGGCGCAAGGCUUCUGUGCAAAACACGCGCCCCACCCAAAUGUAAGUUCUUCAUUUGGCUCGCUCUCCAUGAUUGCUGCUGGACGGCACAGCGUCGCAAAAAACGUAAUUUGCAAAAUGAUGAUCUCUGUGCCCUGUGUGAUCAAGAGUCCGAAUCUAUCGACCACCUGCUUGUGUCCUGUGUUUUUGCAAGACAAAUUUGGUCUACUCUUCUACAAAAGCUUGGCUGGGCCAUUGUCGUACCCUCUACAGUGGAUCUCUCUUUGGCCGAUUGGUGGGUCUCAGCUCACAAGCGCUUUACCAAGGCCGCCAGGAAGUGCUUCGACUCUAUGGUCGUACUAACUAGCUGGUGCUUAUGGAAAGAACGCAACAGAAGGACAUUUGAUCAUCAAGACCGCACUGUUUCUGAACUACUGGCGCUGAUCUCUGACGAGGUGGCUCGUUGGUGUCUCGCCGGAUACCACCACUUGUACCCGGUUGUAGAUACGUUUGGUAGGAUACCUGGUCGCGAAUUGGUUAUUUUGUAAUCGCUCCAGACUUUGUUUCCUUGUGGUUGAUUCCCCUUUUCUGUAAUCGGCCACUGUAAAUAUUUUUUCUACCCUCUUAAUGAAACACGUGCCCAGGCACGUUCGCGAAA